UAACCCUGGGGACGGGAUCCUUUUGAACCAUGACCAGGCUAACCUCAGUCGACACGAAGUCGAGGGCAAUAUGGCGGAUCAGAUGAUUCACUUGGUGUUACGAUUUAUCGCCGUUUGGUCGUUGUCAAAGUUCGUUUUAAGUGUGAAGGAGUGUAAAAAAAUAGAUCAGUGUAGCUGUUCGACAGAUGAAGGAGAAAUAAGUCUCAAGAAACUGGCAGGUACAGGUGGAAAAGCGAGGUUUCAAGAUAUUCCUUGUAAUAAAAAGGAAUUCAAAUUCAGCUGGAAUCCCUGUGACUCGUAUACACUGAGUGGAACAGCUUGUACUGAUGUAGCAGCUUGUUCUGAGCAGACGAUAUUGACUAAGGUUGUCUAUUUUAAAGUGGCAUUACAGAGCACAUCUGACUGUGUGCUUGGAGAGAAUGGGAGAUGUGUUUUGACAUAUACAGCACCAGCAUUAUCGACCAAAUCUGAGUUCAAUGUGGCAUUGCAAUGUGAUAAAACAGUAGAAGGUAGAGUUGAUCCUGUGGACUUUGAUGUCUCUACAAAUAAGCAUACAACUGUUUUACAUUCCAAAUAUGCUUGCCCAUCUUCUACAUCUUCUACAUCUUCUACUGGAUUGAGUAUAGGAAGCAUUCUAGUCAUCACGUUUUCCUGUCUCUUAAUUGUUUAUAUCAUUUGUGGAAUUUUGUUUAACAAGUAUGCCAGACAAGUUGAGGGAAAAGAGGUUUUUCCAAACUACUCAUUUUGGGCAGACUUCCCUUAUUUAGUAAAGGAUGGCUGUGUGUUUACAUCUCAUUCACUUAGAGAACUAUGUGGAGGAGGUUCAAGUCGGAGUGGUUAUGCUUCUAUAUGAGAACCUGGAACAUGAAGUAAUAACUCAUGAAUAAGAAAGUUGAAGUAAUCAGGUUGAUGGCCAUAACAGCAUUAUAUUAAGUUAUCAGUGAGACUUUGAACUUAAAUGUCGCAGGAUGCAAAGCUUGAUUGGCUUACGUAUUUAUAUUAUAAAGCAGAAAAUUUAUUGCAAGCUUCUAUUGCACUACUACCUUUUAAAAGGGUGUUAUUAUUUAUCAUUUUAUUUUUUUGGCACAGCACAGUUUGAGAAUGCAAAAAAAAAGUUAUCAUAAGAAUCCGACAUUUAGAAACUGUCCUAUUUUAACCUUGAAGGUCUCAAAUGGCAGCACGCUCAACACAAGUAUUUACGAAGCUAUCUCACAGCAGUACGGUAUUUAUUGAAGUGAAAAUACGUCCUUUUUAAAUGAGCUGUAAAAUAGUGAAGACAUAAAGAAUAGCUUUUCUCAGGCUAAUGUUUUCUAUAUUCCCCUAUGUCUUGGGGGCCAAGUUGGGUUUUUGAUAUGGCUCAUUAAUUACCUGAAGAGAGAGAUUUAUUAAAGUAACAAUAAUGUUAUUACCAAGCCAUUAUUAUGUCUGUGACAGGAAGGAUGUAACAAGGCAAGGGGAAAAAAUCACUCACUCAUAGACUGGCUUUGUUUAGUUGCACCAUCACAUAACUUACCUAAUAAACUAUAAUAAUUAUUAUAUAGUUUUAAUUUAGUUUAUUAGAACUUGUAACCUCCAGAACACAAAACACAGAAGGAACUGCUGUACAAGAUACAUGUAUAUACUGAACAGGAAAUUUGACAUAAAAUAAUAAAUAAUCUCAACUUCAGGUUGUUUA